UUUAACCUGCUGGUCUGUUGUUCAUUCACAGAACGACAGCUAGCAUACAGUAUGGACAAACACCGAUCUCAAUUAUAAAGCUGCUACACGUCUGUUUUAUUUAACGUUAACUAUCUCUACAAAUGCCUUGAACAUGGCAAAGGUUGUUUGGACGACGGCUUUCCUUUUAUACCUCUGGAGUGUUUUCAUACAGUUCAAUAGCAUUUCAGGUCUUGGGAUCAAUGAACUGCUUUAUUUCCGGGUCAUCAGUCCAGAGGAGAUAGGGUACAUCUUCAGUGCAGCACCUGCUAAAGACUUUGGAGGAGAUUUUACAUAUUCAUAUGAUAAGAUUUUCCUGGUGCCAGCAGACCCAGCAGACGGCUGUUCAGAGCUGGAGGACGGAGAAAUCAUACAGGGACAAGUAGUCCUGGUGGAGAGAGGAGGUUGCUCCUUUGUGCAAAAGGCCCGACAUGUGGAGGAAGCAGGAGGCAAAGCAGUUCUGAUUGCUGAUAAUGCGGUGGACAAUGACAGUCAGUACCUGGACAUGAUCACUGAUGGAAGCACGGCUAAACCCAGCAUACCUGCUCUAUUCCUGCUGGGGCGUGAUGGAAUGAUGAUCAGACGAUCUCUUCAGAGACAUGCAAUGCCGUGGGCUGUCAUUUCCAUUCCUGUCAAUGUUUCCUCUCUGGCUUCGUUUCCACUCAAGCAGCCCCCAUGGACACUGUGGUAGAACAUGACGCACAACUUCAUGCCCUCCCCCACCCAAUAAACAUUUGGUGCGUAUCCUAUCAGUUGUGAAUCAACUCGCAGUUGCACAGGGAAAUAAUUUGAUGGUUGUUAAACAAAACCACACACACUAGGUGAACCUGUUUAAAUGACCGUAUUUAUACAUCUCACACUCAAACACACAGCCAAAGUCAACAACAAGCAGGCCUCACGGCAUGUGGAACUUUACUACACGAUGCAAAACCAGGAAUGUCAUCUUACUGCAAACAUUUCAAAUAAAUUCCUGCUUAUUUGCAUGAACUUAAACUGUGUUAUACAAAAUGUAUCUUUUGCUGCCUCAUAUCAUGUAUUGUCUUUCUGAAGUAAAAAUCUAUACAACUUUAUAAAACAAACACAUUUUCUGUCCUUACAUCCCUGAAGCACUCUGACUACUAAAAGCUUACCUUUGUACCUCGACUGACGUUUGUAUUACUCCUGAUGCAGAAAGGAGCUAUUUGUAUUCAAAGGUUUUACACUAUAUUGUUUUUGGUAUAUACAAAGUAAAGAUAGAAAACGUGAGGUAGGACAAAUUAACUUUUGUGAAAAUGAUGACUGAUCAGUAUGAAUUUUUGCAAUUUUUAAAAAUAAAUGUAAAGAUAUGUUUGUCCCC